AUUCAAGUUUCAUAACAUUUGACUCAUCCACUCAUUCGAAAGGUAUUAAACAUAAUCGAAAAUACCGUUUAUAACACUCCUCAAUUAUUGUAUUUAUCUAUGAAGUGAAAGUGAAAAGUUGAUUUUUUAUCAUAAUGGGUGAUUCUUGUCAAGCAUGUCUCACGAGGGUACCUCAUGCCACUCUUAUAGCUACGAUAAUGUGCUGUUGGGGCGUGGGGGUGUUUUGUGGCACAAUGUAUCGUGGAUCAGCGCUUUCAAUUUUGAUGUUUGACGAAGUUUUCCAUUUUCGACUGAUUUGGAUUGAAGCACUUCAAAUGAUAUUCAUUGUAGGCAGUGCUUGUAUGGCAGCCUUAGGGUUUAUGUUGUUAUGCUUAGGGUGUCUCACAACAGGUGCAACAAGACAAAAGGUGUACAGAGCGUGGCGAACUCGGGUCGGCGGCAGGAUAUCUUGCGCAGUCUUUAUGAUAAUUACCUAUAUUUUGACUUUCGUCUGGCUGAUCCUGUUGGGCUUUUUAGUCAUAACAACAUUCUUGUUCACAAUAUUUUGGAAACUUUGCUCGAAACCGAAAAAUAUCGAACAUUCGACCUGUAUCGACUUCACUCAAUUUGAUUUUAUGUUCCCAUCUUCUGUGAAACAGGAAGACAUGAGAAUUUGUGAAGCACACAAAAUAAAACUAUUCUGUAAGGACUAUGUUGAAAAAGCAGAGUUUAUGUUUAUUUUGGCAAUGGUAUCAUGUUUACUUGUAAUAUUGAGCUUAGUACAUUAUUUGAUGUGCUUAUCAGCUAAUUAUGCUCAUAUUCGAGACCAUGAAAAGUUCCAAGAAUUGCAAGAGCUCCAGUAUCUCACCAACCCGGAUCUACAUGCUUCAAAAGAUAGAUUCUAGUAUAUGGCCCGCGCACCAUUGUUGCGCUCGCUUGAAGCAUCUACUAAAAUGUGACAAAGCAGAAAAAUUACUGCAUUUUAAGAUGUCAUAAAUAUGUGUUCACAGAUUACAAAUAACAUCAAAAGACUGAUUCAGUGGAUGACUUAUAUUAAAUUGAAUACAAUUUUACAUAUCUUCGAUCCACUACAGUAUUUAUUAUUAUUUUUGGUAACCCGACAUUCCACUAACUUUAGUCCUUAAACUUUAAAUUGUUAAACAAUAUUCCCCCUAUAAAGUAUAUAUUAUUUACAUUAUUUUAGAUAUUUAAAAUGUUUGGAUAUGCUAAAGCAUGAUAAUAUUUAUUUUUAUCCCCUUUGUUACAUUCUAAACGGGGCUGAUAGCCUGCAUUGUUGCUCUAGAUUCUUCCAUUAAUCCUAACUCAAAUAUGAUAAGAUAAUAUUUUAUACUUAUAUUUGCAUUGUUAUCA